AUGGCAUCAAUUACCAAGCUCACCAAGGGCAUCGCCCGCAAGGCCUUUGACCUCAUAAGAAAAAAGAAGAACGGCAACCAGCCGGCAGCACCCGAGCCAACGGUCGCCGUGCGGUGGCUCGCCGAGGAGCCGGCGCAAUUUCUUGGCCCGUUUUGCGCAAAAGCAUCACGAGAUACGACUCCUGCGGGCAUACCAGGACUCUGUCCGACUACAACAUCCAAGAGAGUGGUUCUGUAG